AAAGAGCUCAGUAGUUGUUUUAGGCAUAUUAUAAAUUAGUACCUUAUUUCUCCACAAUUUUUUUUCAGAGAUAUCAGGUAUGGCAGAAGAAAAUUGUACCAUGAAAAAUGAGUUUAUCCUGGCAGGAUUUACAGAUCACACAGAGAUGAAGAUUCUUCUGUUUGUUGUGUUCUUUUCCAUCUAUCUGAUCACCAUGGUGGGGAAUCUUGGUUUGGUGGCCUUAAUUUUUACACAACGUCUUCUACACACACCAAUGUACAUUUUUCUGGGCAACCUGGCUCUUGUGGAUUCUUGCUGUGCCUGUACUAUUAUUCCUAAAAUGUUAGAGAACUUCUUUUCUGAGGACAGAAUUGUUUCCCUCUAUGAAUGUAUGGCACAGUUUUAUGUCCUUUGCACCGUUGAAACUGCAGACUGCUUUCUUCUGGCAGCAAUGGCCUAUGACCGCUAUGUGGCCAUAUGCAGCCCACUGCAGUACCACACCAAGAUGUCAAAGAAACUCUGCAUUCAGAUGACCACAGGAGCCUUCAUAGCUGGAAACCUGCAUUCCAUGAUUCACGUAGGGUUUCUGUUUAGGUUAAUUUUCUGUGGAUUGAAUCACAUCAACCAUUUUUAUUGUGAUAUUCUUCCAUUGUAUAGACUCUCCUGUGUUGAUCCUUAUGUCAAUGAACUGGUACUAUUCAUCUUUUCAGGCUCAAUUCAAGUCUUCACCAUAGGUGGUGUCUUAAUAUCUUAUCUCUAUAUUCUUUUUACUAUUUUCAAAAUGAAAUCCAAAGAGGGAAGGGUCAAAGCCUUUUCUACUUGUGCAUCCCAUUUUCUGUCUGUUUCAUUAUUCUAUGGAUCUCUUUUUUUCAUGUACAUAAGACCAAAUUUGCUUGAAGAAGGGGAUAAAGAUAUACCAGCUGCUAUUUUGUUUACAAUAGUAGUUCCCUUACUAAAUCCUUUCAUUUAUAGCCUGAGAAAUAAAACAGUAAUAAGUGUCGUGAGAAAAAUUCUGAUUAAAAAAACUCAAGAAAAAUUGAAUCAAAUGACAUCUACCAAUACUUGAUGUAAGUACAGCAAAAACUUCC